GGGUGACUGCCACCCACAGGCUGGGUAUGAGAUGACUACCACCUAUAUUAUGGGUAUGGGAUGACUACCAUACACAGGAUGGGCGCGGGAUGACUACCACUUACUGGAUACAUUAAUGUUAAUAAAGUAGUAUUAAGUAAAUAAGUAUCCUGCAUGACAGAUGUGUUAACUAAAUACAGUCAGCUCUUGGUGUAACCUUACAAAAUAUUAUAUCAGAAUUCUUGCACAAAGCGACGUAUACAAUUUUUCCUAAUAAAAAGUCCAAACAUGAAUGUUGCCAUGCCAUGGUAACCAUAGCAACGAGGACGCCAAACCAAGCGUCUCAUUGCUAGACAAAACUUGCACCUGAAAACUUUAAGACAUAAACAGAGACGUUUGUUAAUGUGAAAGCAAUUGAAAAGGAGUUAUUUGACGAAUGAAAUGUAAAUUUUCCCAGUAAGCUGAGACAUAUUAGUGAGAGCCUUCAGGAUGAGCUCCAAAUGGGGGACAAAAGGUAAAGAUGGUGAUAUGACAGGGUCGACUAGUGAAAAUGACACAGACGGAGAGAAGAGUGAUGAGAAUAGUCAGGACUUAGAGAAUGUGAUGAGUCUCUGCAAGGAGUCAUCUAGCGGCAUCAUGGCUACUGUCUCAUCACUACGCUCAACGCUGCAGUCGACGAGGCGGAUAGACGGGGAAGUGGAUGAAGAUGAUGGCAAAGAGGUGGGCGUGAUUUGUGGGCGUGAAUGGGUGGAGAUGGACCCCCUGACUCUUCAAGUGGUGGGGGAGGCGCUGGAGGAACAGGAACCCCACCUUCCCACCCUCACCCACGCCAACGCUGCCACGGCAACCGCCCACGUCAAGUGUCUCUCCCUCCAGUUUAAAAGUCUGGGGAGUCUGGACUUCCUGUGGAUGUUGACUAACCUGAGGAGGCUGGAGGCUAGCAACAACGCCCUGACCCACACCAGAGGACUGGAGAGGCUCAUCAACCUCACCUGGCUCGACCUCUCCUUCAACCAGAUAACUGACGUAAGCAGCUUGAAGACUUUACGUCGUCUUGAGGUGGUGUCUCUCCACAACAACUGUAUUAGUCAACUAGACCGAGGUACCUUCCAGCCCCUGCUCAACCUCCACCUCCUCACUCUGGCCAACAACCGCAUCUCACACAUGCAAGACGUACGGACUCUGCGACAAGUUCGCAACCUGGCGAGUCUGAGUCUGGCGAACAACCCGCUAUGUGAUGACCACUACCCAGCGAACGUUCUGGCCAUCCUCCCAGGCCUGGUGUACUUCGAUCACCGCCUUCUCACCCCAGAAGACCACGCCCGCGCCUCCCACCAGUACAGGUCGGAGGUGGAGGUGGUGGAGGCACAGGAGGAGAAGGUCCAGAAACAGGAGGAGGAGGAAGCAGUGACAAGGAGAUCGCAGGAACAUCACUGUCGAGCAGGAGUCCUCGCCCUCAACGACGGUUCUCUCUUCUCCAGGAUGUUCAGAGGAGAUAAGGAUAUGGGGGUUCUCCUCCACCUUCCCGGCGCCAACGCUCUCAUGACCAAGUAUCGGGAUCAGUUCAACGCUGUGUGUCUGCGGGUUUUCAACGCGGGUCUGGCGCACGAAGAUGAACGCCAGAGGGAACAGAAACUCUUGCAAGAGGCUCUUAACACCGCCAAAAACGACGCAGAUAAGCACGCCAGAGGGGUGGUGCGUCGGGUGGAAGCAGAAGUAGAGAUGGUAGUAGCAGCCGCCAGGGAACUAAGGGAAGCAGAAGAAGCCAGUCUUGGAGAUGACCAAGAGGCUCACACUACCAGGGUAGCCAAGGCUGUAGCACUCAAGGAGCAGUUUGACACAUUACUGGACGAAGCCUCACAAGAACUCCUCACUGCUGAGGUCACACUUGCUGACCAGGUCAAGGAUGUGGUAGAUCGUGCCAGAGAUGAGCUGGGCAAUCUUGUGGGAAACUUCCUUGAACAAGCUGCUACAGAACUGGAGGAAGGUCGUCGCCUCGCGUACACCUUCUACUGUCGUCUCCGGGAGCUUACAGCAAAAAUAGUUGAUGAUGGUGGGGCAGGUGGCAAAGGUGCAGAUGAAGAGAGAACAGCAAGAGUAUUUGAGGGCAGUGACACACUGACAGCAGCUUUAGCAGGGAUCCAUGACCGCCACCUGGCAUUGAUAGACUCUCGAGAAGCUGAUCUAAGGCAACACUUGCAACAGUGGCUCACUGAUACACUGGAUGACAUCUCAAAAGAAGAGUGGGCACGACACCGAAGUCGUGUGGAAGAGAUCACAACCUUGACAGCCAGACAGCGGCAGCUUCUGUACGAUGCAUUACCAAGCAUACAUGAAUAAUGACCUACUGGCCAAAUAAAAUUUAAUCAGAAUUCAUCAGAAUGGCAAGUACAAUGCCUGCAUUCUAAAGGAGGGAUUUGGGAUAUUUGCUGUUUAGAGGGACAUCUAAACUGUCGUAUCUGCUUGUCUCUUGCAAGACAGUAAUACUGUGAAUGAUGGUGAUAGCGUUUCUUUUCUGGGUCACCCUGCCUCAGUGGGAGACCAAGGUAGGUGAGGUAGUCAAAUUAUACAGUGGUACCUUGACUUCAAGGUACCACUGCAUAAGUUUAAUUCAUUCCGUGACCAAAGUCGUACCUCAAUUUGCUCGUAUGUCAAAUCAAUUUUCCUCACUGAAAUUAAUUGAAAUGCCAUUAAUCCAUUCCAGCCCCCAAAAAACCACCCUAAUUUUUUUUGUUACGGGUUUUUAAAUAAGAAAAAUGUAUUUAUGAAUAAGAAAUUAUUUUUGCCUUUUUCACCAGGUCCCAGCAAUGUUUUAGAAAUGCUGGGGUAUAUAUGAAAUUCCUUGAAGCACGGUGUAAGAUGAGUGUCACUCCACUGCUGACAGUGCAGCAGUGGAGUGAUAUUUGAUGAUCGUGCACUGCCUUGGCUUUAUUUUUCACUGUCACACAAACAUGUCUAUCUGUUUCUGUCUAGCUCUAUGUUUAUCUCUGUCUUUGCUUAUCUGUCUUUCUGUCUUCCUGUCUCUCUACUUGUCUCUCUCUCAGAGAGAGAGCUGCUCAUGAACCAACAGGUAUUACACAUGAUGCAGAGUUGUCACGUCUGAUUCCUGAACAAGUGAAAAUAUGUAUUACUUGCCAGUCUUCAAGCAGGCACUGGACAAGCACCUAAAGUCGGUACCUGACCAACCGGGCUGUGGCUCGUACAUUGGAUUGUGUGUAGCCAGCAGUAACAGCCUGGUUGAUCAGGCUCUGAUCUACCAGGUGGCCUGGUCACAGACGGGGCCGCGGGGGUGUUGACCCCAGGAACUCUCUCCAGGUAAACUCCAGGUAUGCCUUAUACCUACAAGCAUAGUUUAGCACUGUCUUGAUUUUUUGGGUUAUCCUAGGUAAUUUACACUAUGUAUUGAUGAGGGAAAUAAGGCGAGUGGUGCGUUGAGGUAUAUGUGGAGUCAAAAAAUGUUAUCUAUGGAGGCAAAGAAGGGAAUGUAUGAAAGUAUAGUAGUACCAACACUCUUAUAUGGGUGUGAAGCUUGGGUUGUGAAUGCAGUAGUGAGGAGGCGGUUGGAGGCAGUGGAGAUGUCCUGUCUAAGGGCAAUGUGUGGUGUAAAUAUUAUGCAGAAAAUUCGGAGUGUGGAAAUUAGGAGGUGUGGAGUUAAUAAAAGUAUUAGUCAGAGGGCUGAAGAGGGUUUGUUGCGGUGGUUUGGUCAUUUAGAGAGAAUGGAUCAAAGGAUGACAUGGAGAGCAUUUAAAUCUGUAGGAGAAGGAAGGUGGGGUAGGGGUCGUCCUCGAAAAGGAUGGAAGGAAGGGGUAAGGGAGGUUUUGUGGGCGAGGGGCUUGGACUUCCAGCAGGCAUGCAUGAGCGUGUUCGAUAGGAGUGAAUGGAGACAAAUGGUAUUUGGGAUCUGACGAUCUGUUGGAGUGUGAUCAGGGUAAUAUUUAGUGAAGGGAUUCAGGGAAACCGGUUAUUUUUAUAUAGCCGGACUUAAGUCCUGGAAAUGGGAAGUACAAUGCCUGCACUCUAAAGGAGGGGUUCGGGAUAUUAGCAGUUUGGAGGGAUAUGUUGUGUAUCUUUAUACGUAGUAUAUGCUUCUAAACUGUUGUGUUCUGAGCACCUCCGCAAAAACAGUGAUUAUGUGUGAGUGUGGUGAAAGUGUUAAAUGAUGAUGAAAGUAUUUUCUUUUUGGGGAUUUUCUUUCUUUUUGGGUCACCCUGCCUUGGUGGGAGACGGCCGACUUGUUGAAAAAAAAAAAAUAACUAUUUGUGUGUACUUGUUAGAUAAGAGACAGCCAACGCAAAUCAACCAGCCAGCCGGCCUGCCGAACAUGUGUUACACAUAUUCCAGAAUUGUUUCUCUUUACUUAGGGCAUACGUUAUAGAACAUUCUGGCAGGAUGACAUUACCAGUGAUAUCAAAAUUGAAAGGAUGUUACACAUUGGUUAUCUAGGUUUUUGAUAUUUCCUCGGUGUCUCCUGUGAGUGGCGGUGUAUCUGAAGCUCACUUUUAACUCAAGUUUUGGCUCACAACACAAAGUAAAAAAUUGACCGAGCGAUGGCUCGUAACUCAGAAAACUUGUAAGUUGGGGCUCUCGUAAGUCAAGGUACCACUGUAUAUCCAAAUAUUACAAUGGAGCAACACAUGAAGGAUCAAUGUACAGCAAGAUAUACUUAUUAUUAAAACAUUUAUAGUAAAACAUAUGUACAGUUUAUGAAAUAGUAUUCAGCAGUGACAAGUUCCCAGUGAAAUAUAAUCAACAUAGGUAAGAUACAAGAAAGCUUGUGUUAAAUGUCAUGAAGAAAGUUUUUCAGUAAAAGUAAGUCUAACUCUGUAGUCACCACAAUAAUUUAAAUAAACUCUACAAUAUAUAUAAAAAUAUCUUGGUAAAUCUAGAGUACAUGUGAAUUUUUCUAUAAUAGCACAAACACUUGGAUGCUUGCUACCCUAAUUUCCAACUAAGCACCUAAUUAUUAUUAUUAUAAUAAAAAAGAAGCACUAAGCCACAAGGGCUAUACAGCACUAAGCACCUAAGUACUGAGCCAUCUUAUUUCACUGAAAUAUUCAUUAUGUAGAAUAAUGCCCUAAAUAUUUAAUCAUGUUAGCAAUAUUAAAAUUGUAGUUUAUUCUAAAAAAUAUUCUGACAGCUAUUUUGAAAUUUACCUAGUAAUAUAUUGUCAGUUAAAUUUAUUUUAGUGUUAUAAAUAAAUUAUAUUAUAUUAUAAAUAAAUUAUAUUAUAGGUAGUAGGUUGGUAGACAGCAACCACCCAGGGAGGUACUACCAUCCUGCCAAGUGAGUGUAAAACGAAAGCCUGUAAUUGUUUUACAUGAUGGUAGGAUUGCUGGUGUCUUUUGUCUGUCUCAUAAACAUGCAAGAUUACAGGUACGUCUUGCUACUUCUACUUACACUUAGGUCACACUACACAUACAUGUACACGUUUAUUUAUACACACUCACCUGAGUUUUCUUUGAUUUUAUCUUAAUAGUUCUUGGUCUUAUUACUUUUCCUUUUAUAUCCAUGGGGAAGUGGAAUAAGAAUCUUUCCUCCAUAAGCCAUGCGUGUUGUAAAAGUCAACUAAAAU